AUGAAUGCCAGUAUUGAAGACUUCCUAGACAUGUAUAGAGAUAAGAUGCCUAUAAGGUACUCCUACAACGAUGUCAAGAAAAUGACUAGCAAUUUUAAAGAAAAAUUAGGCCAGGGAGGUUUUGGAUCUGUCUACAAAGGAUCACUUCGAAACAAUCGUGGUGUUGCAAUUAAGAUUCUCAGCUCAACAAAAGGAGACGGGCAAGAUUUCAUCAAUGAAGUAGCCACUAUGGGUAAGAUACAUCAUAUAAAUGUGGUACAACUCAUUGGAUUUGUAGCCGAACGUUUGAAUCAUGCCCCGAGAAAUACUUAUUUCCCCGAGAAGAAGGAAAACUUGUUAACCUUCUCAGUUGGGAAAAAACUUAUGGAACUGCAUUGGGGACAGCUCGUGGGAUUGAAUAUUUACACCGAGAAUGUGGUAUGCAAAUACUGCAUUUCGACAUUAAACCUCAUAAUAUUCUACUCGAUAAAAGCUAUUAACCUAAAGUUUCAGACUUCGGUCACACAUGGGGCUAGAGGGACUAUAGGAUACAUGGCUCCAGAAUUAUUCUAUAGAACUAUCGGAAGUGUCUCCUACAAGUCAGAUGUGUACAGUUUUGGAAUGUUGUUAAUGGAGAUGGCAGGUAGGAGAAAAAAUUUGAACAUAUCAGCAGAUAAAGAAAGUCAAAUGGAAGAUGCCACUCAAGAAGAAAAUGAGAUAGCAAAAAAGAUAAUCAUAGUUGCUUUAUGGUGUAUACAAUUAAAGCCUGUUGAUCGUCCUUCCAUGACCAAAGUUGUAGAAAUGUUAGAAGGAGAGUUAGGAGUACUGCAGAUUCCUGACAAACCGUUUUCUAUUGCAGAUUGGGACGGAGAUGAAGAUAUCAUGCUGAAUUCACUUGUAUGA